AUGUAUUGUACAUACUGUAAGGAGCAGGGAAAGGGAUGGAAAUUCUUAUCUGGGUGUACGAAUUUUAGGAUUGACACCAUCCAAAAUCAUGAAGUCAGUUCCCCUCACAUCAGUGCAACAUCUGUUGCCGAGAGGCCACUUCCUCAGAAUUCACUGGCUGCAAAGGCCAUUAACUCUAUAAAACAAACUGAAUAUGACAGACUUAGCAUUCUCUUUCGUAAUGCCCAUGCUGUUGCUAAACAUCAUCUUAGCUUUAAAACUUAUAAUGUUAUAUGUAAACUGGAUCAAGCUAAAGGUCUUGGUGUUGGCAAUAGCUACCUGAAUGACAAAAAGGCCUGUGAAUUUGUCAAAAAUAUAGCCAGUGUUUCCAGAAAUGAGACCAGAGACCUUUUGAAAAAAACACCAUUUCUGAGCCUCACCUGUGAUGGGUCAUCUGACUUCAUGGGGGAUGAAUAUGAGUCAUUGUGGGUAAGAAGUGCCCAAAAUGGAAAGAUAAUUGAAAAGUUUUUAGAUUUGGGUACUGCUGAAUCUGCAGGAUCUCAGGACAUAUUUAAUUACAUGAAAGCUGUUUGCUUUGAAAAUUCAGAGGACAAUACCAACCAACUGUGGAGUAAACUUAUUGGCUUUUGCUCAGACGGUGCAUCAAACAUGCAAGGUAUAAGAAAUGGUGUGGCUGCUUUGAUGAAAAGAGAAAACCCAGAAAUAGUUGUUACUCAUUGCUUGGCUCACAGAGUUGAGUUAAGCUUUAAGGAUGCUAUUAAGUCAUCUAAAUUGUAUGAUAAAACCAUAACUCUUCUUCUUGGUCUUUACUACUUGUACCGCAGAGGUCCCAAACAGAAGAAAGCCUUAAAACGAGCUUUCAGUGCACUUAACAUGACGAAAAUACUUCCAACCCGUGUAGGAGGAACUCGUUGGAUGCCACACAUGCUUAGAGCAAUAAAUGUUAUUAUCAAAGGUUACAGGGGAUUUAUGGGCAAGAAACUAUCAGUUAUAUCAAACCAGUUUGACCAGAUGUUUAGUUUAAAACCAGUUUUACUAGAUGUGUCCUAUAUAUUGACAAUUGACCAUAAAGCUCACCUAGAAAGUGCUUCACAUGAAAAUCCAAAAGCUGAAGGACUUGCCAAAAUUCGAACUGAUGUAGCGGUUGUCACAUUCAUGUUAAAUUUAAAGGAAAUCAUAUCACCUUUAAACAGACUAUCCUUGAUUCUGCAGAAACAGAACCUAACAUUGUAUAAUGGACAUGCACAGAUCAAAGCAACUACAGAAGUUCUAAAAAUAUGCAAACCAAAGUAUGGGGACCAUGAGAUUCAUCUUGUAAAGAAAAAUCUCAAGUCCACCUUAAUAAGGUCAGGCAUGGAUAUAGAGGAAGUUAACACAGAGUGGGCCAUUUUGAAAUCUUUAAUAUAUCAAAGGUACAGUAACAGACUUAUAGAUGGUGCCUUGACAUGGGGAUCUGUGUUUGAAACAUUCAGGGAUGGCCUUGACAAUAUAAAGCUUGUUAUAGAUGCUCUGCUCAGUCUACCACCAACAAGUGUCAAUAAAGAAACUACAUUCAGCAGAAUCAAACUCAGCAAAGGCAAGAGGCGGGGUCAUUUGAAGACGGACACAUUGAAGGACUUGAUCCAAGUCGAAAUUGAGACUGAUAAUGUUGAGCAGUUUGACCCAAAGCUGGAUGACAGAAGAAGGAGAGUUGGCUAUUCCAGACCAUCACGAUUAACUGAGACACUCCAAACAAACACAGUCGACCAAGAAACUGUUGUGGUUGGUCAUGAUGAGAUUGAUACACCAGCUGCUGGUCAAGACAUCCAGGGAUCAAUAUACAGGGAUAUUGCUACUCUGAGGCCCAUGCAGGAAAGUCAUAUUGUGAUUCAAAGAUGGCAAAUAAGCGCAAAAAGAUAA